UUCAAUAUGGCCAAAAUAACUCCUUUAAAUGAGACUUCACGAGACCCCCAGUAAUGUUUUAAUAAUUCAAGUGAUUUUACAUGUGCCUGUUAAACACACAGAAGACGCGCGAAAGCUUUUCACAAAAUAUUCAACCAAAAAUAAAAAGGAAAUCCUACACGGAUUUAUCCAGUGGCUGACGCUACUCGCAGAUUUGACCAUAAAAUGCCAAAUUUAACGUGUAAUCGCCGAGUUUUUUUAGCUUUAAGAUACAGCUUUUGACCUCUGUUUUGUCUUCAUAUUGUUUCUAUCGCACAAACGGGGUUUAGGAGUCGGGUUCUGUUGUAAAUGUUCGAGAAGAAAACACACGAGUCGACGACUCGGGCAGGAACAUAGACACGGAACUGGCCGGUUGAGUCUGUACGGUUCUCAUGUGUUCUAUAACAGUGCAGCGCCGCUCUCGGUCGCUUCUCAUUCCUGCUCUGCUACAGAUCUUGUGACGCUACUCAUCCGAAAGAAAAAUGGCAGAAACCGCUCCAGCUGCUGCCGCCGCCUCGCCGGCCAAAGUGCCCAAGAAGAAAUCUGCUGUUAAAGCUAAGAAAACCGGCCCGAGCGUGGGCGAACUAAUCGUCAAAGCAGUGUCGGCUUCCAAGGAGAGGAGCGGCGUGUCUCUCGCCGCCCUGAAGAAAGCUCUCGCUGCCGGUGGUUACGACGUGGAGAAGAACAACUCCCGCGUGAAGAUCGCUGUCAAGAGUCUGGUGACUAAAGGCACUCUGGUCCAGACCAAAGGAACCGGGGCUUCAGGAUCUUUCAAACUCAACACAAAACAAGUCGAGACAAAGAAGCCAGCGAAGAAAGCCGCUCCUAAAGCAAAGAAGCCCGCAGCCAAGAAGCCCGCUUCUGCUGCUGCAAAGAAGCCGAAGACUGCAGCGCCAAAGAAGACCGCCGCAAAGAAAUCUCCAAAGAAGGUCAAGAAACCUGCCGCCACCGCCGCUAAAAAGGCAACGAAGAGCCCCAAGAAGGUGAAGAAGCCAGCGGCCCCCAAGAAAGCAGCCAAGAGUCCGAAGAAAGCAGCUAAAAGCCCCAAGAAGGUCAAGGCUGCCAAACCCAAGACGACAAAGCCUAAAGCGGCUAAGCCUAAGAGGGCCGCCCCGAAGAAGAGGUAAAUUCCUUCUCCAGACUUUCCAUUUAAAAAAAGGCUCUUUUAAGAGCCA